UGAGAUGUACUUGGCACUUGCAAACCAGAGCAACCAAUCCAUUGCCUAUGAGUUUAUCUUCCGGGCAUUCUCCACCAUUCCUGAGAUCCAGCGUCUCCUCUUCACGUUCUUCCUUCUGCUCUACCUCACCAUCCUCUUUGGCAAUGUCUCCAUCAUCUGGGUGGCCUGCACAGAUCAUUCCCUCCGCGUCCCCAUGUAUUUCUUCCUGGGCAACCUCUCUUUUCUGGAGAUCUGUUACACCACUGUAACAGUGCCUCAACUGCUGUCUAGCAUCUUAGAUGCCCACAAACCAAUCCCAUUUGCAAGCUGUGGCAUACAGAUGUUCUUCUUUGUAGCACUCGGCAGCACAGACUGUUUCCUGCUGGCCGUCAUGGCAUAUGACCGUUACGUUGCCAUUUGCCACCCACUUCGCUACAGCCUCAUCAUGACCUGGCAGGUAUGCACAUGGCUAGUGGCUGGCUCACUGAUCCUUGCACUUGUGUUGUCAUUGGAGCUGACUGUGUUGAUCUUCACCUUGCCUUUCUGUGGCCACCAGCCCGAAAUCAACCAUUUCCUGUGUGAUGUGCCACCUGUGUUGCGCCUGGCAUGUGCUGACACCCGUGUCCACCAGACUGUGCUGUACAGUGUUGGUGUCAUGGUCCUGACUAUUCCCUUCAUUCUAAUAUGCAUCUCCUACAUCUUCAUUGUGACUGCCAUCUUGCGGAUCCGCUCAACAACUGGGCGGCAACAGGCCUUCUCCACCUGCUCCUCCCACUUGACAGUGGUGAUCAUACAGUAUGGGUGCUGCAGCCUUGUCUACCUGCGCCCCAAGACAGAUUCAUCAGAGGAUGACGACCGCCAUCUUGCUCUCAUAUACACUUUUGUCACCCCACUGCUAAACCCCCUCAUCUACAGCCUGAGGAACAAGGAUGUCAAGCAGGCUCUAAAGAAGGCCAUGGUGGGAACUAAUGACUCUCAGGUCUGAUUCCUAUUGAUAUGGGAAAUCCAGUACCAAACAUUCCACAGAAUCAUCUACCAUGUCUAAGAAACAGGAGGCAGAAUGAGGUUAUGCAAUGAAGGGAAAACGAGUGAGGUCCUAACUAAAGAAGAAUGGCAACUUA